AUGAUUCGUAUCGCGCUGCGGCAACGAAAGAGCAGUUGGGAAGUUAGGAAGUACAACAAACCGCACACGUGUUUGGCCACUUCCAUAUCGAGCGACCAUAGACAACUUAAUUAUCAUGUCAUUUGUGCGAGGAUCUUUCCAUUGGUCAGGGCGGAUGUGUCGGUUACGAUUAAAGUGUUGCAGGAAGCAACUGAGUCCACCUAUGGUUUCAGGCCUAGUUAUAGGAAGGUUUGGAUGGCGAAGCCGAAGGCAGUAGCACAGAUCUACGAGGACCAGGAGGAGUCUUAUGGCGAGUUGUCCCAUUGGAUCCUUGCGGUGACGUCCACCAUGGAAGAUACAAUAGCACUUCUGAAGACCUCUCUGGUUAGAGUGGGUGAUCAGUACGGAGGGACCUUGUUAUUAGCUAUUGCUCAAGACGGAAACUCGAACAUCUUGCCUAUUGCAUUUGCACUUGUGGAGGGAGAAAAUGCAGAGUCUUGGACAUACUUUCUGACCAACUUGAGAAGACAUGUGACUCCACAAUUGAGCAUUCUGGUAAUCUCUGACAGGCACAACAGCAUCAAGACGGCACUAGAGGCACUUGAUAGUGGUUGGCAACCUCCUCAUGCUUAUCAGACAUUUUGUAUUCGACAUGUUGCCGCCAAUUUUGUUCCCACGGUUUUUGUAGACACACCCUCCACAUAA